AUGCGAAAUGAUUCACACAACGAGCGCCACUUCGGUAAGAUGGCCUGCCAUCGCCCGGGGCUGCUGGCCAUGCUUAUCUUGCUAGGCUUUGGGCUGCAGGGCUGCAAGAACCUGAAGGAGAUUGAGCCUGGGGAGUCCGUGCUGUCUUUGCCACCUCCUGUGACGCCGAUCCCGCUCGCGGUCCUCCCGUUAGUCACGCCAGCUCCUCUGAGCUUGCAGCCACUCCCGCCGUUGCCACCGGUGCAGCCGGCCCAAAUCGCUCCAGAGCAGCCUGCUCUGUCAGCAGCG